AUGACCUCAGUAUCUGAUUACUUACCACAGGUACUCAGCUCUUAUGGCAUCGAUAUCGUAUUUGGGAUUGUGGGCAUCCCAAUUGUUGAGCUCGCGGACAAGAUGAUUCUCCAAGGUAAAAUUAGGUUCAUCGCAUUCCGUAACGAACAGGCAGCUUCUUACGCGGCAUCUGCGUAUGGUUAUCUAACGGGAAAACCAGCAGUACUUUUAGUUGUGGGUGGACCAGGUGUCAUCCAUGCUCUGGCUGGUAUUUAUAAUUCCAUUUCGAAUAAGUGGCCCUUAAUCGUAUUGGCGGGCAGUAGUGAAGAUCGAUACAAGGGAGGAUUUCAGGAACUCGAUCAGGUUAGCUUACUUUCAAAUUAUGUCAAGUUCAGUGGUAAGAUCAAUGAGUCAAAUAUUGAUAUGCUGGUGUACAACGCAAUGCGUCUUAGUGUAGUUGGGACUCCCGGAGUAUGCUACCUCGACAUUCCAGGCGACGUGAUCCAUAAGACUGUACCAAACUCAAAAGCACACGAAGCCAUUCCAGUAUCAGCUGUGAGGUUUUCGCCGGAUCCAAGUGCAAUUAAGAAUGUUGCAGCACUUGUAUCGAAAUAUAGUUCCAAAAGGGUGCUAUGUGUUAUUGGCAAAGGCGCUGUCGAGUAUCCGAACGAGCUACGUGAAUUUAUCAACAGAUUCCAAUUACCAUUCUUGCCUACUCCAAUGGCCAAAGGUGUUUUACCGGACUCAAGUCCUCUUAAUGUAUCCUCAGCACGAUCUUUGGCUCUGAAGACUGCAGAUUUAGUGCUUGUUUUUGGUGCUAGAUUAAAUUGGAUACUUCAUUUCGGUCAAGCUCCUAAAUGGAAGGCCAAUGCAAUUUUUGUACAGAUCGACAAAACUCCAGAAGAAUUGGGCCAUAAUAAUCAGUUGGGCACAAGUUUCGCACUAUGCGGAGAUAUUGGUCUCAGCGUGAAAGCUCUUGCCCAGAACUUAUCACGUUUCAAAUACACUGGCCUUUCACAAGAAUUGAAGGACAAGGUGAAGACUAACGAACAACGCUUACACAUUAAGGAAAUAACUCCAGCUCCAAUUCUGAAUUACAAUCAAGUCUACGCACACAUGAGGGAACUGAUAAUAGAUAAAGACACAAUUUUGGUUACAGAAGGUGCCAACACAAUGGAUGUUGCGCGAGUGUCGUUCCCAACCGACUAUCCUAAGCAGAAGCUCGAUGCAGGAACAAACGCAACGAUGGGUGUUGGUCUUGGCUAUGCAAUUGCUGCUAAAUUGGCACAGCCCCAAAAGACAGUCAUUUGUAUCCAGGGCGACUCUGCGUUUGGGUUUUCAGCAAUGGAACUGGAGACCGCUUCCAGGAACGAAUUGGGGCUAGUCGUUGUGGUGAUGAAUAAUAGUGGUAUCUACCACGGUUAUGUUGAUCCCGAAAAAUCAACAGCAGGUCCACUUCCGCCUUCAAAACUACCAUCGACUGCCCUAAGCUAUAAUUGCAGGUACGAUCUAGUGGCUAGGGGCCUUGGAUGCGAUGGCUAUUUAGUUAGAACUCUUGCCGAGCUUACGACAGAAUUCGAAAAGGCCUUAUUUCAUUCCAAGAGGGGUAAGACUACUGUAUUGAACGUGGUUAUCGAGCCUGGCAAGCAAGGAAAGUUGUCUUUCGGUUGGCAAAGCAAAGCCAAGAUGUAA